UGCGCCGGUGACACGCGCACAGGCGAUAUCGAAUGAGCACGUUGACGCGCGCACUGAGAAGAAGGCUUCCGGUCUGUUUGUGGAGAGUUCGCCCUCGUUUCGUGGCCUUGUGGCGAAGGGGCGCUGCCGGCGUUGCAGGCGCCAUGGGCCGAAGGCAGCGCCAGAGGCAGCAGCAGCAGCAGAAGCGAGAAAGGGGCCCUGGGGGUUGGCCUGAAGGUGGUUAUCCAGAGAUUGUGAAGGAAAAUGCAUUGUUUGAGCAUUACUAUGGUACUCUGGGCAUUGUGCCUCAGGGGGAGUGGGAGGAUUUCAUGGCUACUCUGCGGGAACCACUUCCUGCCACUCUCCGGAUUACAGGGUACAAGAGCCAUGCCAAGGAAAUUCUCCACUGUCUGAAGAACAAAUAUUUCAAGGAAUUAGAGAACCAAAUGGUAGAUGGUCAGAAAAUUGAAAUGCCACAACCACUGAUUUGGUAUCCAGAAGAGUUAGCGUGGCAAACAAGCCUAAGCAGAAAAGUUCUACGAAAAUCUCCAGAGCUAGAAAAAUUUCAUCAUUUUCUUGUUAGUGAAACAGAAUGCGGAAACAUUAGUCGGCAAGAAGCUGUCAGUAUGAUCCCUCCUCUUCUUCUUAAUGUCCAGCCUCAUCAUAAGAUUCUAGACAUGUGUGCUGCACCUGGAUCUAAGACUGCCCAGUUGAUUGAGAUGCUGCAUGCAGACAUGAAUGUUCCUUUUCCGGAGGGAUUUGUAAUUGCAAAUGAUGUUGACAACAAGCGUUGCUAUUUGCUAGUCCAUCAAGCAAAGAGGUUAAACAGCCCAUCCAUCUUGGUUGCCAAUCACGAUGCCUCCAGCAUCCCUAAUUUACAAAUCACCACAAAUGGAAAAAAGGAGAUUCUCUUCUAUGAUAGGAUAUUAUGUGAUGUACCUUGCAGUGGAGAUGGGACCAUGAGAAAAAACAUUGAUGUAUGGAAAAAGUGGACCACUCAAAACAGUUUGCAAUUACAUGGAUUGCAGUUAAGGAUUGCAACGCGUGGAGUUGAGCAGUUGGCAGAAGGAGGUAGAAUGGUAUACUCUACAUGUUCAUUGAAUCCUAUUGAAAAUGAAGCUGUCAUUGCCUCUCUGCUGGAGAAGAGUGAAGGUGCUUUAGAACUUGCCGAUGUCUCUUCUGAGCUGCCAGGUCUAAAGAGAAUGCCUGGGAUUACAAAAUGGAAGGUAAUGACAAAAGAUGGUCAGUGGUUUGAAGACUGGAAAGAAGUGCCUUCUAACAGACAAACCCAGAUCAGGCCCACCAUGUUCCCCUUAAAAGAUGAAGAAAAACUUAAAGCAUUAAAUUUGGAACGUUGCCUUCGAAUUUUGCCCCACCAUCAGAAUACUGGCGGCUUCUUUGUAGCUGUGCUAAUUAAAAAAUCUCACAUGCCAUGGAAUAAGCGCCAACCAAAGCACAAGCAGUCACAGAAGACAGGAGAUGCAAUGCCUGUGGCUACAGAACAGGGCUCUUCAGAAACUGUUAAGGUAACUGUGACCACAGAUGGAAAAGAUGAAGACCCCAUGGUAACCGAGCGUACCGAAGUAAAAAAGGAUGGAGUUUGUGGGCCUCCACCUUCUAAAAAAAUGAAACUUUUUGGUUUUAAAGAAGAUCCAUUUGUAUUUCUUUCUGAAGAAGAUGCCCUAUUUCCAGCUAUUGAGACUUUCUAUGCAUUGGAUCCUUCAUUCCCCAAAAUGAACUUGUUAACUCGGACUCAAGAGGGAAAGAAGAGGCAGCUCUAUAUGGUUUCCAAGGAGAUAAGGAAUGUUCUGCUGAAUAACAGUGAAAAGCUUAAGGUUAUUAACACAGGAAUAAAAGUAUGGUGCCGGAAUAGUGAUGGAGAACAGUUUGGCUGUGCCUUCAGGUUAGCACAAGAGGGAAUAUAUACACUUUACCCUUUCAUUAAUGCAAGGAUCAUAAAUGCCAGUAUAGAAGAUGUUAAAGUGCUGCUGACAGAAGAGAAUCCAUUCUUAAGUAAAUUCAGUACUGAGGCAUGCAGCCAAUUAAAAGGGAUGGCAAUGGGGAGCAUAGUCUUGAAGUAUGAACCAGAUUCAACCAAGCCAGAUACCCUUCAGUGUCCCAUUGUGCUGUGUGGAUGGCUUGGCAAGACUUCUCUCCGGGCCUUUGUGCCCAAGAAUGAGAGAAUGCAUUACCUGAGAAUGAUGGGGGUCGAGGUGUUCAAAGCAAAGAGGAAAGAAGAAAACAUAGAAGAGAAAACAGAAGCAGGAUCCAUAGAUGCUUCAGACCAAAUCCCAGAAGAAAUGAACUUGGAAUGUGGAGCCAAGGAAAAUAAUCUGUUACCUGUAGAGUCAGAAGAUGAAUUGAAUGGACAGUCUGUGAAAGAACCUACAGAAUUGAGUAUAGCACAAAAUCUGUCUUCCAGUAACAAAAAAGAGACGGCCAAAGAUUCAGAAGACAAAGAUAAUGGAGAUGUUGGUGAUAAAAAAGACUAAGACGCUAAUUCCUAUUGACUAUAUAUGUGUAUUAUUUUAUAUAAUAAUGCAACUAAGCAUCUGAAAGAAAAUUUUAAUAAAAAAUCUAUACUAGUUUAUUGCAAAAA